GUUUUGAAGAUGUAAUACAGAUUCGUGGUACUCAAUUACAAAGAAUUUUAACUGAAGUAAAUUCAACAAAAACAAUAUAUACAUCUAAAGAAAUACUUAUUGAAAAAGUUAAUCAGCAAAGAUUAGUAAUAAAAGAGCAAAAAGAAAUAAUUAUCAAUCUAAAAGAAUGUCUUAAUAAAAAAAUUAAAAAUGAAGAAGAAGAAAUUUCUAUUGAAAUGGCAAAUAUUACUCAAGUUGUUUCUGAAAAACCAUUAUAUAAUACUCAAGAACUUUUAGCAAAUCACAAAACAAUAAAUCCUAUAACUGGUGAGAAUUGGUUUUUUAUUAGUGACUCAACACAUUUAUUUAAAAAACUUAGAAACAAUUUGACAAAAAGUCACACUGAACAUACUUUAUCAAAAGAAGUAGAAGAUGUAUUAGAAUCCAUUGAAAAAUUAAAAGAAAUUUCCAAAGGAACAAAAAAAUUAGGACCAAAGACAUGGAUCUCAUCACAGUAUCAAUUUGACUUAAUUUUGUCUAUCAAUGAUAUGCUUAAAGGACUUUUUGGUACAAUCUGUGAACUUGGUAAAGAUUCUUCUACACACACAUAUAAAUCUUAUGGGUAUUCUUUAAACAAAUAUCAAUUAUCAUCAUUAUUUUCUAGAGAGGAUUUUCUUGCAAUAACUAAUUUAAAUGGUUCUUCGAUUCAAAGACUUGUUGCAUAUUUGCUUUUACAAAAAAUAAAUGAAUCUUUACUGGAAGAGGUAAGUAUACCAGAUGAUUCUUUAAAUUCUAACUUGGAAUCCUCUGAUGGUGGUGAGGAUGAGAAUUGUUCUUAUGACGAGGACGUUAAUGAUAAUAACGAUAAUGAGGACAAUAAUGGGAAUUUCUCUGAUAAUGAGGAAGAAGAUGAUGAAUAUAACAUUUUCCGAUGA